AUGGUGGGAGACCCGACGGCAGACUUCAAGAAGCGGACGCAGGAGACCCUCUUGAAGCAGAAGCAGGACAAGAUAAACGCGGAGUUCGAGGUGCAGCAGGCCGAGGCUAUUCGAAAGUACCAGGCCGAGAAGAGCCAAAAGGAACUCCAGCGCGCGGCAAAGAAGGCCCGGAAGGAGGCUGCCGAGGCGGCCCGCAAGGCGGAGGCAGAGCGUCGGGCGGCUGCGGGCGAGGAGCCUUUGAAGGACGAGGAAAUGAAGCCUGCCGAGGAAGAGGAUGAACCGGAUCAGCCGAUGACGGAUCCCGCACAGGACAAGCCACCGGUUGCCGAGCUCUCAGAGGAAGAGAUGAAGGUCAUCUUCCGGACUUCGGACACCCCAGACGUGUGCGACUGGGUUCUUGCCAAGAGCCUCAAUGACCUAACGCUGCCGGACAAGUCGGAGGGCUUCGACACUGUCACCUACAGCUGGUCCUCUCGAGGCAAGGCAGAGACAUACUUCAAGGAGUGGAAGCUUAUGAAGAAGUUGACAACUCGUGUAGACGACCUGGCAGUUGGCGAGUGGUUCAACACGCGGUUGAACUCCUGGAAGGAAGUCCUGAGCUCGUGGCGGCAAAAGCAGUCAAUUUGGAAGGCGGGUGGCAACAAGAAGGACAAGGAAGAGCCCGAGCCUGAAGUGCCAGAGGUGCCAAUCUCCGAGGCCACGGUCGAAGAAGUGCAGCCCACAGAGGAGAAGGACGAGCCGAUGACGACCGGGGUGGCUGACGAGGACCUAGACGUCUUUGGCGUAGCAGAUGUCCUGGAUGUGGGCAACGGCGAGCC